AUGUUCAUCACCUAUACCCACGUGGACCAACUGAAGUCGCGCGCCAAAAAAUGGCAGGUCAGCUCCUACCAGAACCAGCGGCGCAAGGAACUCAAGGCCACCCUGCCCGCGACGGACAAGUCUGCUCGGUCUAAGAGGCCCAGAGUCCUUGCCUGGGAGCAAAUCCCCCACGAAGCUGGAAAUGUGGGCAGUGAUCAGACUGAAGAGAGAUCAACGGCACCCAGCUGGGACGACGAUGAUGAUCGUGUCAAAGGCGAAGAUGUGCGCGUCGCAGUCGUCUCCUGGGAGCCUCACCUACAGGCAGCCCCGGGGAGUCUCCGUUGCGAUCCUUUCAAUUCCUAUCCCAUGCGGUCUUCCGGCCGAGUGCAGUUGACAGUGGACUACUACACGCAGAUCUAUGCGCCCAUGAACCUUGGCAAUUACCAGGACGGCCACGGGGGCAACUGGCUUUUGUCACACCUCUUCCGGAUGGCCGUGCAGGCUGACCUGCUCUUUGAGGCGACCAUGCUGUUCGUAUGGAGUCAGCUACCCGCGAGCCAGCUGGGUUCUUCUCCGGAAGAGCUCCAGCAGACCUUGUUGAGCCUUCGAGGGAGCGUGAUGCGGAAGCUCCAUCAUCGUCUCACCGUGCCGCGGCUGUGUUGCGACGAUGUGACCAUCCACACCGUCUUAGCAUUGAUGGCUGGAGAUUUCCAUCGCGGACAAGAUGACCACGUCGAGCUACAUCGAGAAGGACUGCGGCGCAUUGUCGAUCUGCGCGGCGGCUUGUCCACCAGUGAUAUGCCGCCUCAAACGCGAUAUUCUGUCACCGCGACUGAGAUGAUGUGCGACUAUGCGAUCCAGAGACGCAGUCGCUCCCCAAAUACCAACAUCACCCCGGACAGCACGCUGACGUAUCCAACCCAUCCAUUCCCGCCAUCUCUCUCCAAAGUCCUGUCGACCCUGCCCGAGGGAUUCAGCGACCUGGCCCUGAAAACGCGACUGUCGAUCCAAGUGAUCCGCCUUCUCUACCGCAUGACCAAGACGGUCGAGAAAGGCCCCGCAGAGUUCCCUGUGGACACGUCCAUCGCCGUGGAGAUGAUGCGGCUGUCGAUGGACUCGGGCGCCCGGCCGCUCGAGAAAGCCGUUGUGACGCUGAGCUUCGUCUUUGGCCGGUUCCUCUUCGACGUCACCACCAAGGGGAGCGGGCCCGUCAACAGCUCGCGACGCACGUAUCAGUCCAUGGAGACGACGCUGCGCACACUGUGCCAGUCCAUCUUUGAGCAGCUGCACCCCAUCGACGGCGCCGGGCAUGACUUUGUUGCGUGGGCCGUCUUCCUCCUCGCUUCUGCGGGCGUCGACUACGGCGUCCCAGCGUCCAUGCAGCGCGACAUGCUCCGGCGCCUCUACGUCCGUGUCCCGGCCGUGAGGUGUUCCGAAGCCUUUCUGGAAAUGCUCCGCAAGUUCCUAUGGCAUGAGAAGCUCGUGCCUUGCGCGCAAGAGAUGUGGGAACGGAUGAUGGAACAGCACAACAUUCCGAGUUGA